UGUUUCUCGAAGAAGAGACGGCAGCCCACAGACAGUCAUGCCUCGAGUGAAGCAAGCAUAAUUCCGGAAAUGUCCCGAUACGACACAUGCCGACACAAGCGAACACAAGCGAACACAAGCCUGCAAUAUUCGCAUUCUUGUCCACGGCUUCCACUGUUGGGCAAUGUGCUGGCCGACCGUGCUGGCCGGCACACCACCACCACCCUUUCCUCACAGAACCAGCCUUCAGCAGCUGUUUGACAUCACUCAACACAUAUGAUGUCUCUCCUUAAUUUAUUGGCCUUUUUCAUGUUAUCUACCUGCCUUCACCCCCUCUGAUAUUCAUCCAAGACAGGUUUCGGAGCUAGUGUGACGCAAACCUGGGAUGUUGCUGUUGGCCAUGAUAGCAUGGCACUUACAUGCGUAUCGAAACGACCGACUUUACGGCGCCAAGGGAUGAGCGUGGAGCUGGCUGCGCUCGUUGGCCGGAGGGCCACAGCGCUACUGUACCUGGCCUCCGAUGAUCCGCCCCAUGGGAUUGGCCACGCCGCAGAGGUAGGGAGGCACAGAGGUCAUGCAUGCCCCUCCCCACUCACCCCCUCUGCACAUCUCCGCCUUGCCGUCCGUCCAUGGCCGCCGGUAGUUCCUUUGGGGGCCAUUGUGACAAGCUUGGCCACAUGCAGGUACCGAUCCUGUUGACACCACCCUCCCGAGCCCCGGCCUCCUUUGUGGAAAACACAGGCAACAUAGCCAGCACGGCCGUGGUCAAGCGUGUGAUACGACUACUCUGCUCACGACCUUGGCACAAACGUAGCCCUGCAGAGCCCAGAACAGCGGGCAAAAUCAGCCGACUGGAGGUGCGUGACCAUCCGCUAAUACCUCGGCCGUUCUAGCUUCUUCUCUCUGCCGCUCGCGUGGCUGGGUGAAGCGAUGAUGCAAGGAGGAAGUCCGGGACGGACAGGGAAGAUUGCAAACGGAUUCUGCCAGCAGGCCCGUGGCCCAGGUGGCGCUCUGCCGCCCCCCUACAUAUCAUCAUAUUGGGAUAGUCAGCUCCGCUAGCUGCUGGCCCCGACGGUCGGCCCAUCGCCCGGCUCUCCUCUGCGGGGUGAUGGCAGAAGAAACAAAAAGUGGGCAUGCACGCCACUGUGUGCUGGUUGGUUGUACGGCUGCCGGCCUCCUUAUUGAAAACACACGCCGCAGCUUUAGCCGCCAGCCAACGGCACCGUGGGCCAAUCACCUCUCCUCGGUCAUCCUUGCCAUGGGCCGUCCUCGGCACGACCUGCAGAGCACAUCGCCGAGAUGGUCAAGGGGGAAAGGACAGGGGAGGUUGGAAAGCAAAGAAAAGGCGUCAUUGACCGAUUCAGCCUGUACACCCUCCAGUCGAUCAGCUCCCCCUGCCUCGCGCGUCCCGCAUGCUGCCACGCUACCUGACCACCUGAGAUGCUGUGAAGGAGGUGCGCGGUGGGUGGUAGCGGUGACAUCGCCCAGCUUUUUGGACCGCGCGCAGAUCCUGUGUCUCUCAGGCCUCCCAGCUCCAGUUACGCCGGACAGAGAAACAUUCAAAAGGGUGCCUGCUCCCCCCGUCCUCACCUCCUAUCGAGAAUCUUGAGUACCAACCCGCUCAUUUCAGUCACUCGUUGUCUAGUGGAAGCCCCAUCUCUUUCCUCACACAACAAAUAAUCACCUGAGCAUAAUCCGGCUUCGCUCUCGGCUUCAAGUUCCACCAUAUCCUCUGGAAAGGGCUAUAUCCAAACAUGAAGACCUUCGCUUCUCUCGCUUUCCUCGCCCUGGCGGCCUCUGCGGCCGCCCAUGGUGGCCACGGAGACGACGAUAAACACACUUCCCCGCCCGCCGUCACACCGCCCGCGAAGUGGACGACUAGCACCAUCCGCGCCACGACGACCAAGACCAUCACCAGCUGCCCGAACAAGGAUGACUGCGAUGAGAAGGACAAGGUCAAGUACACGACCGUCCUGAUCGCCACCACUACCACCGUGUGCCCCGUGGAGACCACCAGCAAGGCCCCUCCGCCGCCUCCCACGACGACAGCCUCCCCUCCGCCUUCUCCUCCCCCGCCGCCGCCGCCGAAGACCAGCAGCACUUCCCUGCCUCCCCCGCCCCCGCCCCCGCCCCUCCCCCGCCGUCGUCGUCGCCGAGCACCCCGGCGCCUCCUCCCCCUACUCCGCCGAAGACCACACCCGGCACCAUCAUCCCCACGCCCACCAGGCCGUCGCAGCCUCCGAUUAUCACCGCCGGUGCCAAUGUCCACCGGGCUGGCGGCGCUCUGGCUGCUGCGGCCAUUGUCGCUGCUCUCAUCUAGGGUCUCGAUCUAGGUAACAUAGAAGAGCCCUUGGAAGGCAAUGUCUCGAAAGAGGCGUGAGCAAAAGUGAUGAUGCCGAGCAAUGACGGGAUGUUUGGGGAAAUGGGCAUGACGGCUGGGACAGUGCGGAACGGGAAUGUGAACACGAAAUAUCCGGGUCCUUUGCUUCUUUCUGGUUUUGGUCGGGCCUGUGCGGUCGUGUUUUUCAGCUCCAGCCUGUUGGACUACUCUACACCUGCCCCUUGGGUCAAGACAUGUUUAAUACCGCCUUGUUGCUUUUGGUGUAGAUACGAGGGGUAGAUUCCCCGGAUAAUGAAACGAGCCGUGCCUUUUGGCGAAUAACUUUGUGAACAGAGAGACUGGUGUCUAGUACGCAC